AUGGCUGAAGCAGAGAAAGGAUCAGCUACGACAGGGUCCAAGGAAGGUAAUGGUAAGGAGGAGAUAUCAUUGAAAGACAAAGGCAAUGAAUACUAUAAAGCUGGGAACUAUCUCAAAGCUGCUGCUCUAUACACUCAGGCCAUUAAGCUUGACCCUUCAAAUCCCACUCUCUAUAGCAACCGUGCUGCAGCAUUUUUACAAUUGGUGAAGCUUAAUAAAGCACUUGCUGAUGCCGAGACAACUAUCACAUUGAACCCGCAAUGGGAAAAGGGUUAUUUCAGGAAAGGGUGUAUAUUAGAGGCCAUGGAACGGUACGAUGAUGCAUUGGCUACUUUCCAAAUAGCUUUACAAUACAAUCCACAAAGCACUGAAGUAUCCAGAAAGAUUAAGAGAAUAUCCCAGUUGGCCAGAGACAAAAAACGAGCUCAGGAGGUGGAGAGCAUGAGAUCCAAUGUUGAUAUGGCAAAGCACUUGGAAACAUUGAAAUCUGAAAUGUCUGAAAAGCUUGGAACUGAAGAAUGUCAAGAAAUGUUCUCCUUUCUUGUUGAGACCAUGGAGACAGCUGUAAAAUCAUGGCAUGAAGCCUCUAAAGUGGAUCCUAGAGUCUACUUUCUUCUUGACAAGGAAAAGACGCAAACUGAUAAAUACGCUCCUGCUGUCAAUAUUGAUAAGGCUUUCGAAUCACCCCAUACACACAGCAAUUGUUUCUCAUUUCUUAGGCAGUAUGCGGAGGAUUCUCUCUCCAAGGCAGCUUGUUUAGUGGUGCCAAAAAAUAUCAUAUCUUAUCCACAGGUUUGGAAAGGUCAAGGAUCAAGAAAGUGGAGGCAUGGGCAGCAUGAUGGCUUUUUUGUUCAAUAUGAGUCACCUUUCAUGCGAAAAAUAUGGUUUAUUGCUAGCACCAAUGAAAAGGGGCAAACACUGUGCAGGGAACCAGAGCUUCUAGAUAUCAGUGCUCAUGAAGUGCUUCCUCGCCUAUUCAAAUAA